GUGUGUGUGUGUGUAGGAACUGUGGUGAUCGUUUUUGCUUUUUUUAAAGGCACAACGAACUACUCGUACAUUAUAACGUUGUGUCUCCUGUCAAUUAUGAACGUAUUUGGAAAUUCCCAGGUUACGUGAAGGCAGCAUAAUAAACAGCAAGCCGGUGUGACUUGACCACCAAGCCGGAAGUUUUUUUCAUUAAUCAGUAGAGACUUUAGCUUUUAUCCACGCAGGUUUUGUGAGCCUAACAUUUCCUCUCAUGGCAGCAUUCACGCAUUUCUUUAACUGACUCCAAUGCAGUUGCCGGGGGGAAAAAAUUAAAAAAUGAGGCUUCUCUGCGGGAGCGUUUUGGUGUUCAUGACCGUGUCGCUGUCGUCUGCCUUAAGAAUUUUGACGUCCGCUCCAACGAACUGCUCCCAAGAGGGCUUGAGGUGUGCAGUCAGUUUCAGUAACUGCCUCAUCGACAGCACAUGGCUGAAAGUGAGGGAGUACACACCAAGUGGUCCAAAGGGCUUGACUGUGUCCGUGACAAGAGUCCAGGACGAGUUAGGACAUCUGCAGCCUGUCCUGGUUGCAAACUGGACCAUCAGGGAUGACGGCAGCAUCAGUUACCUGAAAGCCACCGAGCUGCACGUCAUGGUGAUGGCCACCAAUCAGCACCUGUGCGUCCGCUAUUCCUUGAAAGACAAACUCCCGAUGAGGAAUCUGCAUGACAACAUGUGGUCAUUCUCAGCAAAUAUGGUGGUGGUGAACCCGGGUCACAGCUAUCGGGUUUCCGUCUUCAACAUCCCCAAACCGGAAGUGGGCCACAGCGACUAUGACGUUAGCCAGAAUGUUGUUGUUCCAGGUUGUCAAGACUCGCGGAUGCUUGUGACCCAGUUUUGCAUCGAGAGAGGAAGUCUUUGGCAGUCCAACAUCAGCCUAACCCUGACAGCCAAACAAAGACAGACACUGACAGUCAGCUUCAGUCCUGACCCGCUGUGUGACGAGUACAUGGUUAUUGUGAACUGUGCCUCCGACCAGCAUGUUGACCGUGCGCACAAGGUCAACCAGACGCGUCUGAAUGUCACCUUCAGCCUGGCGAAGUGGCCCAGAUACUGCUGCCAGUUUGACGUCUCGAUCAAACCCAUGUUCCGAAAAUGUGGCGAAGACUGCACCCGUCAUCAGAGAACGCUGGACAUUUGUUCAGUCAAGCCGACCGAUCCGCCAGAUGCUCCCCAAUCCACACCUGUUAUCGUGUGCGCGUCGCUCCUAAGCGCUGGGAUUUUUGCCAUUUUUAUGUACAUCCUAUGCAGGAGGCCAGGCAAACCCGGAGAAGCCUCGCUCGCGCUCGGAGAUGAGAAACCGAAAGAGCGGGAGCGGCAAAUACAGGAGACCCCCAAGGUUCUGGUGAUCUACUCGCAAGACCACCGCCUCUACAGGGACAUCGUGUUGAAGCUCUGCGCUUUUCUGAGGGCGAAAUGCGGAGCCAAGGUGCUCAUCGACUUGCUCGACGCCACCUCGGUGGGCAUGGUCGGCCGCGUCCGCUGGCUGGAGUGGCAGCGGGGCCAGCUGCGGAAUCCCACUGACAAGGUCUUGGUGCUCUGCUCGCGCGGGGUUCAGGCCAAGUGGCGCGCCAUGUGUGGCGACCGCCGCGUCACGUUGAAGGAAGACGUCCUGUCGCCGACCGACGACAUGCUCACCCCUUUCCUGAACCUCUUCCUGCCCGACAUGCACCAAGCGCGCAAGCACGGCAAGUAUAUGGCGGCUUACUUCGGCGACAUCAGCGGCGAGCGGGACGUGCCGUCGGUUUUCGACAUCGGCGUGAAAUACUCGCUGAUGAAGCACUUUGAGGAGCUGUACUUGGGCCUACUGGACAUUGAGAAGUACCAGCCGGGUCAGGUCAAUCACAUACGGGGCAUCAGCGGGGACGAAUACUUCAACUGUCCCUCGGGUAGAGCCCUGAGGGACGCCAUCGAAACCUUCCGGGCGUACCAGAUAGAAAACCCCGACUGGUUCGAGAGGGAGUGCGUGCAAAGUGAGGAAGACCUGCCGAUGGAGUCCGGUGGUCUCGUUGACCAGCAGCGGGGCUCGCCGGUCCUUGAGUGUCUUCCGCUUAUCCGAGACGGACUUCCCGUCUAUACGUGCGAGGCGGCCAUAAGAGAGAACCGAACCGGCGUUCGAGUUUUAACCCCGGAGCUGAACCCGGAGAGCCGCUGGUCAUCCGGGGCAGAACUUUUGCCGCUGGUAAACCCUGCGAACGGACACCGGCGGCAAUCGGUCCUGCCUCACCUCCGCCCCGCCGACGGCCCUCGGUCCAUUUUUGUCGCCGAGCCCGUUUUGUCUGUCAACCGCCCUCCGUCUGCUGAGGGGAGUCGCAUAAGUCAGAUCCCCGAGGAGGAUGAGGAAGAGUCCACAGUCCUGAACUCCCAGGGAUCAAACUCACAAGAGUUCUCUCUUGGGAACCAAAUCAGCCAGCCUGCGGAAAUACGCCAGGAUGAGCCCGGUGCAGAGGGUUCGAACAGUGGAUCCGAUCAAGGUUACAUCUCGAAAAUGCCUUCCCCGCUUGGAAGUCCUUCCGAGGAGGACCCCCUCGUGGCUCUGGUAAGGCUGCAGGAGGAACUCUUUCUGAAAACUCUGGACAGCUCUGAGUUUGAGUUGUAAAGAAAUGUGACCCCCCUUUUUCAGGGACAGCGGUCACUCCAGGUCCAAUGGGUUCAUAAAACCAUCUGACCUGUUUUUUGUUUUUUUUUGUCUGGAGCGAGCGUUCAGCAGUGGAUCGGAUCACGGUUGCGUGACUAAAAGAGACCCACCGAUGGCUCGGGCAAGAAUUUCUGCAAAAUCAGGAUCGCCACCAGCUGAGUCUGUCGACAAAUUUCGGUCCGUUCCACAACUAUGUUUUGCUUCCUCCGCUCCAACGGAAAACCGGAACAGGAAAUUGUCUACAUCGUGCGAGUUCUUAGCUUUUUGUAUUUUAUCCAUGGAGAGUAAGGAUCUUUUUUUUUUUAAACCCUGUUGCACUUACUUUUUCUUUUUAAAUUUUUUUUAAUUAACUUGCACUCGUGACAAGUUAAUUAAUCGGAUUGGAUUAAUUACUCGUGCCACUUUUAUUUUGAAAUGAAAUUUGCACUAUGUUGCGUUUUCGACUGUUCAGCUUUUUGUAUUUUAUCCAUGGAGAGUAAGGAUCUUUUUUUUAAACCCUGUUGCACUUAUUUUUUCUUUUUUAAAUUUUUUUAAUUAACUUGCACUCGUGACAAGUUAAUUAAUCGGAUCAGAUUAAUUACUCGUGGCACUUUUAUUUUGAAACAAAAUUUGCACUGUGUUGCGUUUUCGACUGUUCAGACAGUUCCACUUGUAAUCAUACCCUUCAAAAAACCCAAUGGUACUUCCCCUCCCCAAGAAAAGAUGAUUUUAUGUAUUUUUUUUUAUUUGACCGUGACCACACAAUAUUCUUGUCUUAACAUCUACGGUACAUCCAGUAGAUUGGAAUAUAGCGGUACAGAUAUACAGCACACAACUUGACCACGUGUAGGUAGUACUAGUAUCUGUAAACAACAGCAAAGAUUCCCUGUAAACGUGUAGGAAGAAAGAGGAAGUGGGGAGGGGCAAAAAAAAAAAAAGAAAUAUAAAACCGGUUUGGGCUCCAAAUGUUGCGCAUUGUUCAGUUUGUGUCCAGGAGUGAGACUGAAGUCCGUUUUUUUUUUUUUGGGUUGUCCUUUGGUAGUUUGAAUGAAACUGCUAGCUCAUGCAAAUUACAUUACAAAGUGACCUUUAACUUUUUUUAUUUUUUAAAGCAUGAAAAAAAAAUCAUAGAAAGCAAUUAAAAAUAUUUGGUGUGAUGUAAUACGCAGCCGAUUGUUACACAUGACGCAAAGGCGAAAAGAAGCGAUUGAAGCAGCAUAUCUUGCAUACAAAUCUUGAAUCAAUCUCAUGAG